AUGCGACGCAUCAGUGCCACCCAUAACUAUCAUUCGCCCCUUGGCCAGCAGGGACCAUCCGCAAAGCGUUCGAAAAAUGUGGUGACAGAUAAAAGACAAGUGGAAAAUGUCGAUGCGCAAAAAAGGAAUGGAGAAAUCGAUACGAAGCCCGAGUUUGUGGAGGAACACAAUGAAGUAAGCGCUGUUGAUCGUGAAAUAAAACUGGAAGAAGCGAAUGGUGUUGUGGAACACGUCGACUGCGAAGCUGCACAAGUUGAUGUCGUUGGACUUCUCACUGAACCACAUCCUCUUUCUCCACAGUCUCAACCACCUCCUCUUUCUCCACAAGCAGCUCCAAGUGGCGUUCCAGAUCGCAUCGAAUUCGAUCAAUCGAAUGAACCGCUGAAGAGUUCAGAACGUGAUGGAGUAAGCACAUUGGAUCGUGAAGUAAAAGCAGAAAGCACGAUGCCUGUAUUGGAACAUGACAGCCAUGCGAUUGUACGAGGUAAUGUCGUUGGCCACUCUCCAAUAGACUGCCUCCUCUUCGUUCGCGACUCAAAGCUCCACAUGACAAUCAGGUCAAAACUGAACGAUCGGGUGAAUCGACGAAGUAUUCAAUUACCACCUACCACAAUAAGCAGCGCACCCCAAACACGUAUUUCACGAGGUCGUCCACCUAGAUUCUUCUCACAGACUGCACUACGGGAGUAA